AUGGUACAAACUGAUCACAGAAGCAAACUUAAUCACUGGGAAAAUCAACCAUUUUCAAAAGAGUAUCCAAACACGAAUCAAUGCGAAUUGAUAGAAGGAUUGAGUGUAGUUAAACCAAUAAAUAGAAAAAAGAAGCGUUGUCGCACUGCGUAUACUACUUAUCAGUUGAGUGUGCUUGAAACAACGUUCACUCGAACUAGAUAUAUAGACAGAAAACAACGCAUGGAGCUCUCCAAUAACCUGAAGAUUGGUGAAUAUAAUAUCAAAAUAUGGUUUCAGAAUAGACGAAUGAAGGAAAAGAAAUCAUCUGAAAUCUGUCAACCCAACAAUAGCACUGUUGAACCAGUAAAUCCUUCGCCUAAAAAUGUGAUCACAAAACACAAUCAUCUGAAAAGCGCGGUUGAUCACAAAAUUAAUUUAAACUAUCAUAAUUAUAAUUAUAGUGAUAUUGAAAGGAAUGCUAAAGAAACAGAUUAUGUAGUUUAUAGUUCAACUGAAGAACUAGCACGUGCAAAUUAUUAUCAAAAUUAUAAUUAUGGACCAUACGUAAAUUAUAAUGAGCAGAUGACUAAUGAUCGUUUCCAAACUAAUGCUGGUAUUUGUUCCACGCAGUAUUAUAAUUUUACAAAUGCUGAGUACACGAAUUUUGAUAAUCAAACUGGUAACAACAGUAAUGUGUACAAUUGGUCAGCUGAUGCUUUUUUAUUGAACCUUUAA